AUGAAUGCAACAGAUGCAAAAUAUUUAUCUAAAACUUCCACCACAGAAAGACAACAAGGGACUCGAAAGGGCCGACCACCAAAUCAACGUUUUCCUUUUCAAGAACAGCAUCCGCAAGCAACAACCUAUCUGUUGACUGAAUACAGUGAGGCUCAUAUAGCGAUUCUCUAUGAUCCUCAAAUUCCUCGACAUGAUCGUGAAGAUACUAAAGAACGAUAUAGUCGAGCUCUUCUGACACUUUUUGUACCUUGGCGUUCGGUGUCUGAUCUUCGUGAUAAUAUUAUAGAAAAUAUUCAACUCUUACAUGAAUGUAAGAAAGAUCGUGAUGAGCAUUUACUUCGAAUUAUAACUGAAGCUCAAACUGAAAAUGAUACGAUUGAUCCUGAAUUAGUCAUAACUAGUCGUAACAUGCGUGAUGAAUAUGACGACACAAGUGACAAUGAAGAUUUACUUGAAUUGCUUGGUAAUUUAAACGAAUAUACUACCAAUGCAUUAAAUAGCACCAAAAAGACAACAGAAAAUAUAUCAAGGGGGAAACGGCGGAUUUCGUAUUCCCGGGAUUUUUGGGAUUCC